AUGUAUCUGGAGGAGGGCGAUGCCCCCGCACUUGCCAAGCUGACGAAGGAGCGGGAGGAACGGCUGGUUGCCCGCCUGCAUGAUCAAUCCAUGGCACACCGGCAGGAAACGCUGCGAGAGCUGGAAACCCGGUUUUAUCCCACAAUGCCGCCAAAGCGACUUACCAAAGAAACAAUAGAAAACAGUGUCAUGCGGCAGGUGAAUCAGGAGAUGGCAGUGCGGCAGGCGGCGCGUGAGGAGCGCGAGGCACGCAUUCAGGAAAGCUACAAAACACGCAAGCUGCCCGCUGAGGAAGUAGAAAAAAGCGUAGAAUGUCUUUAUACGCAGUCUAUUGAGCGGAAGAAGGCAAUUAUGGAAGAGAACAGGAAACGAUACCUAUACGUCGGACCCCCAGUGAUUCACAAGAAGUCCUCGCAUAUACGCGAAUAUGUGACGCACCUGGCCAUGCCCAAGAAGCGGGAAUUUACGGUUGAUGAAAUCAACAAAAUUUACGGAUUGGCUACGAAAUCAGCCAAGGAAGCGGGCGCGUCUGAUAGGCUUGAUGCUGCUGCUGCUGCUGCUGCUGCUGCUGGCGAAGCUCAGCACGAAUCGCAGCGGUGA